CGGACGGCCAGCUCGUCUUGUAGCUGGAUCCGCAGAGAAGAGAAGUUCUAAAGCAAUCAGAACAGCGUUUCCACUUGGGACCCUUACUCGCAGCUGGAAAUGGGGAAUGGACUGUCAGACCAGACGUCUAUCCUGUCCAGCCUGCCUUCAUUUCAGUCCUUCCACAUCGUGAUUCUGGGUUUGGACUGUGCUGGAAAGACGACCGUCUUAUACAGGCUGCAGUUCAAUGAGUUUGUCAAUACCGUACCCACCAAAGGAUUUAACACGGAGAAAAUUAAGGUAACCUUGGGAAAUUCCAAAACAGUCACUUUUCACUUCUGGGAUGUAGGUGGUCAGGAGAAAUUAAGACCGCUCUGGAAGUCAUACACCAGAUGCACAGAUGGCAUUGUGUUUGUUGUGGACUCUGUUGAUGUUGAAAGGAUGGAAGAAGCCAAAACCGAACUUCAUAAGAUAACGAGGAUAUCAGAAAAUCAAGGAGUCCCCGUACUGAUCGUUGCUAACAAACAAGACUUGAGGAAC